CACACUCGGUUCCCUCCCUCGAGAAGAAGAAGAAGAAGAAAAGGACGAUGCCUUGCCUCCCUCGGCUCCCUUCCCUUCCCUUCUUCCUCACCCCCACCACCACCACCACCUGCACCUGACCACCGCCACCCUCGCUCGGUAGCUGCGCAUUCUCUCUGCUCGACCACAGUGCAUGUCCAUGGCGUCGGGCGGCGGCGGCGCCGGGCCGUCUCGGCCGCAGCGGCAGCUGUCGAUGGGGCCGCGGAACCUGUCGCGGGCGAUCACCAUGCGGACGGAGGGCUUCUCCGGCGAGGAGGAGGAGAGCGAGCUGGUGCCGUCCUCCCUGGCGCCCAUCGUCCCCAUCCUCCGCGCCGCCAACGCCAUCGAGGACGAGAACCCGCGCGUCGCAUACCUCUGCCGGUUCACCGCAUUCGAGAAGGUGCACAAGAUGGAUCCGAACUCGAGCGGGCGCGGAGUUCGGCAGUUCAAAACCUAUCUGCUGCACAGGCUGGAAAAGGAUGAAAAGGACACACACCGCAAGCUUGCGUCGACUGAUGCAAGAGAGAUUCAGAGGUUCUAUCAGCAGUAUUGUCAGAAAUAUCUGGAGGGUUUUCAAGACAGAAAGCCGGACGAGAUGGGUCAAUACUAUCAGACUGCAUCAGUCCUAUACGACGUGCUAAAAACGGUGUCACCUCCAUCUGGGCCUGAUGCCAAUUUUGAUGAGUACGCGGAAGGGGUUGAAAAGAAGAAAGCUUCCUUUUCACAUUACAACAUAUUACCCCUUAAUAUUACUUCCGGUCCCACACAACCUGUAAUGGAAAUACCUGAGAUAAAAGCAGCAGUGGAGCUUCUUCGCUGGACACAGAAUCUUCCAAUGCCAAGGCCAGAUCCGACUAGUGUGCCUCAAGAGAUAGAAGGGCCUGUUGUUAAUGACUUGCUUGAUUGGCUCUGGCAAACAUUUGGAUUUCAGAAAGGUAACGUGGAGAAUCAAAAGGAACAUUUGAUUUUGCUGCUUGCUAACAUGGAUAUGAGAGGAAUUGAUAGUGCCCACCAGGGUGAAAGACAAAUUCACAUGAUACAUCGCAAUACAAUUGAUCGCUUGAUGAAGAAAGUUUUUCAAAAUUACAUUUCAUGGUGCCGAUAUCUGCAUUUGGAGUCAAACAUCAAAAUUCCACGUGAUGAGUCCACACAACAACCAGAACUUCUUUACAUAGGGUUGUAUUUGCUGAUUUGGGGUGAAGCUUCUAAUGUUCGCUUUAUGCCUGAAUGCCUUUGUUAUAUCUUCCACCAUAUGGCAAGGGAUUUAUAUGACAUAAUAUCUGAUAGAAGAGAAGGAUUUUUUGAACCACCCUUCCAACGAGAGGGGAGUGAUGAUGCAUUUCUACAGCUGGUUAUCCAACCCAUCUACAAUGUUAUUUACAAUGAAGCUGUAAUGGGUAAGCAUGGUACUGUCAGCCACUCAAAGUGGAGAAACUAUGAUGACCUGAAUGAAUUUUUUUGGUCAAAGAAAUGCUUCAAACAGCUUGGGUGGCCAAUGAAUCAAGCCUCUGACUUUUUCACGAGUCCUGCGAAAACUAAUAAUAAUAUCAAGCAACGUGGUCAUUCGAUCAGCAGGAGGAGGAUGUCCAAAACAAAUUUUGUUGAAGUUCGUACAUUUUUGCAUCUCUUCAGAAGUUUUGAUCGGAUGUGGGCUUUUUUCAUAUUAGCUUUCCAGGCCAUGGUAAUUAUUGCAUGGAGCCCUUCUGGGUCACUUUCUGCUAUAUUCGAACCAACUGUUUUCAGAGAUGUUAUGACAAUAUUCAUAACAGCUGCAUUUCUAAACUUCCUUCAAGCAACACUUGAGAUAGUUCUUAACUGGAAGGCUUGGAGGAGCCUAGUUUGCUCGCAGAUGAUACGGCAUGUUCUGAAAUUUGUUGUAGCGAUUGGCUGGUUGAUAAUUCUUCCAGUGACGUACACAAGUUCUAUUCAAAAUCCCACAGGCCUUAUCAAGUUCUUCAGCAACUGGAUUGGCAAUUUCCAGAGUCAAUCAAUUUAUAAUGUUGCAGUUGCUCUUUACAUGUUGCCGAACAUUUUCAGUGCCUUGUUUUUCAUAUUUCUACCAAUUCGAAGGAAACUGGAGCGUUCAAAUGCUCACAUUGUUAGAUUUCUUUUGUGGUGGACGCAGCCAAAAUUAUAUGUUGCCCGAGGCAUGUAUGAGGACACAUGUUCACUUCUUAAGUACACAACAUUCUGGAUUCUAUUGCUUAUAUGCAAGCUCGCCUUCAGUUAUUAUGUUGAGAUUUCUCCUCUAGUUGGACCUACCAAGACAAUUAUGUUUUUGGGACGGGGGAGAUACAUCUGGCACGAGUUCUUUCCAUACUUGCAGCAUAAUUUAGGUGUUGUUUUUACUAUAUGGGCACCAGUUGUCAUGGUAUACUUCAUGGAUACGCAAAUAUGGUAUGCUAUUUUUUCCACAGUAUGUGGCGGAGUAAAUGGUGCCUUCAGCCGCUUGGGAGAGAUCCGAACCCUUGGGAUGUUAAGAUCAAGAUUCGAGGCAAUCCCAAAAGCUUUUGGUAAAAAUCUUGUGCCUACACAUCGUGGUGAACCAAAGAGACAUGAGCAGGAUAACCGGACUUCACUUAUGGAAAAGAAGUUCUCUUACAUAUGGAAUGCAUUCAUCAGCUCUUUGCGAGAGGAAGACUUAAUAAGCAAUAGCGAGAGAGAUUUAUUGGUUGUUCCAUCAUCUGUGGGUGGCACUAGCGUUACUCAGUGGCCUCCUUUCCUUCUCGCUAGCAAGAUUCCAAUGGCACUUGAUAUCGCAAAGAGUGUCAAGAAAAGGGAUGAAGAACUACUAAGGAGGAUAAAACAGGAUCCAUACACCUAUUAUGCCGUAAUAGAGUGUUACGAGACAUUGUUAGAUAUUCUGUACAGCCUUAUAGCAGAAACAAGUGAUAUGAAAGUUGUUGAUCAAAUACGUGAGAGUCUUCAAGAGAGCAUAUGUAACCAGUCACUUGUGAGAGAUUUCCGAUUGGAUGAACUUCAUCUGCUAAGCGAUAAAUUCAAUAAGCUGCUAAGUCUACUAUUGGAAAUUGAGCAAGAGGGGAAUGACACAGCAAAAAUGACACAGAUUGCCAAUCUAUUACAAGAUACAAUGGAAAUCAUCACACAAGAUAUCAUGAAGAACGGACAAGGUAUUUUGAAGGAUGAGAACAGAGAGAGUCAACUGUUUGCAAAUAUAAAUCUGGAAUCAAUAAAGGAUGAAGCUUGGAGGGAAAAGUGUGUUAGGCUUCGAUUGUUGCUGACAACUAAAGAAUCUGCAAUUUAUGUACCAAUAAACUUGGAAGCUCGGCGCAGGAUGACAUUCUUUGCAAACUCACUAUUUAUGAAGAUGCCAAGGGCUCCACAGGUCAGCAGCAUGAUGUCCUUCAGUGUUCUAACUCCAUACUUCAAAGAGGAGGUGCUCUUUUCAGCAGAAGAUCUUCAUAAAAAAAAUGAGGAUGGGAUAUCCAUCCUUUUCUAUUUACAGAAAAUAUAUCCAGAUGAAUGGAAGAAUUUUUUUGAGCGCAUAAAACCUAAGGAUGAGGAGUCCCGUAAAUCAAUGAUGGAUGAGAUCUCACGCUGGGCAUCUUAUAGGGGACAAACCGCCAGAACUGGCAAAGUCACUAACUCUACUGAGCGUGUAAAACUAGACCCAAAGGAUGAGUUCCUUAAAGCAAGGAUGGAAGAUAUCUCACUCUGGGCAUCUUAUAGGGGACAAACACUCACCAGAACUGUGAGAGGAAUGAUGUACUACAGGAGGGCGCUUGAGAUUCAAUGUAUUCAAGAUAAAAAUGCUAAACUGGAUCACCAGAGAACAAAUUCAUCCUAUCAAGAUGGUGAGUCCGUUGCAGAUAUGGACUUGGCCAUUGCUGAUAUCAAAUUCACCUAUGUUGUCUCUUGUCAAGUCUAUGGCAUGCAAAAAGUAUCCAAGGAUGCCAAAGAGAAAGCUCGCUAUCUGAACAUCCUUAACCUCAUGAUGAUGUACCCGUCAUUGCGGAUUGCUUAUAUUGACGAGGUAGAAGCUCCGAAUAAAGAUGGAAUGACAGAGAAGACUUAUUAUUCUGUUCUUGUCAAAGGAGUGGGUGACAAGUAUGAUGAGGAAAUUUACCGCAUCAAGCUUCCUGGCAAACCCACAAAUAUUGGAGAGGGAAAACCUGAAAAUCAAAAUCAUGCCAUAAUAUUCACCAGGGGAGAAGCACUCCAGGUCAUUGAUAUGAAUCAGGAUAAUUACCUCGAAGAGGCAUUUAAAAUGAGAAAUGUGCUGGAGGAGUUUGAGAGUACCAAAUAUGGAAAGAGCAAACCCACUAUAUUAGGUCUCCGGGAGCAUAUUUUUACUGGAAGUGUUUCAUCACUUGCUUGGUUUAUGUCAAAUCAAGAGACCAGCUUUGUUACGAUUGGACAGCGAGUUCUGGCAAAUCCUCUCAAGGUUCGGUUCCAUUAUGGCCAUCCUGAUAUUUUUGAUAGACUCUUCCAUAUUACUAGGGGUGGCAUAAGUAAAGCUUCCAAGACUAUAAAUUUAAGUGAAGAUAUAUUUUCAGGUUUUAAUUCAACAAUGAGAGGAGGAAAUAUCACACAUCAUGAGUACAUGCAAGUUGGUAAAGGACGUGAUGUGGGAAUGAAUCAAAUUUCAAGCUUUGAAGCUAAGGUUGCCAAUGGCAAUGGUGAACAAACAUUGAGUCGUGACAUCUAUCGUCUUGGACGCAGAUUUGACUUCUACAGAAUGCUAUCUUUCUACUUCACUACAGUUGGCUUUUAUUUCAGUAGCAUGGUUACUGUACUUACAGUCUAUGUAUUUUUGUAUGGGAGGUUAUAUCUCGUCUUGAGUGGUCUGGAAAAGUCUAUUUUGCUGGAUCCACGUAUUCAGGAGAAUAUCGAGCCUCUUCAAAAUGUGCUCGCUUCACAGUCAGUUUUCCAGCUUGGUUUGCUGCUUGUCCUCCCAAUGGUCAUGGAAGUGGGCUUAGAGAAGGGAUUUCGCACAGCAUUAGGAGAGUUCAUCAUCAUGCAGCUUCAGUUGGCCUCUGUGUUCUUCACAUUCCAGCUUGGCACCAAAACACACUACUACGGGCGGACAAUUCUCCAUGGUGGCGCCAAAUACAUACCUACAGGACGUGGGUUUGUUGUGUACCACGCAAAGUUUGCUGAAAAUUAUCGCAUGUACUCCCGAAGCCACUUUGUUAAAGGACUUGAGCUGUUAAUACUUCUGGUUGUAUAUCUAGCCUAUGGAAGGUCGUACCGCACCAGCUCGAGCUUGUACCUAUUUGUCACCUUCUCCAUAUGGUUCAUGGUGGCAUCUUGGCUGUUUGCACCAUUUAUCUUCAAUCCAUCAUGCUUUGAGUGGCAGAAGACGGUUGAUGACUGGACAGAUUGGAGGAAGUGGAUGGGUAACCGUGGGGGUAUCGGUAUGUCUGGGGAACAAAGCUGGGAGGCUUGGUGGAGAAGUGAGCAGGCGCACCUCAGGAAAACCAGCGUUCGUGCUCUCAUCUUGGAAAUCCUCAUGUCUCUUCGUUUCUUGAUCUACCAGUAUGGUAUUGUGUAUCAUCUCAAAAUUGCACGCCACAGCACAAGCAUUCUGGUGUAUGGGUUGUCAUGGCUGGUUAUGCUGACGGUUCUAGUAGUAUUGAAGAUGGUUUCAAUAGGACGGCAGAAAUUUGGAACAGAUCUUCAGCUUAUGUUCCGCAUCCUCAAGGGCAUUCUCUUUCUUGGCUUUGUCACUGUGAUGGCGGUCCUAUUUGCUAUAGGCGGCCUAACAAUUACGGAUGUAUUGGCUUGUACUCUAGGGUUCCUACCAACUGGUUGGUGUAUUCUUCUGAUUGGGCAAGCAUGCGCUCCAAUGAUCGAGAGGACUAUGCUGUGGGACUCCAUCCAGGAGCUAGGGAGGGCAUAUGACAACAUCAUGGGUCUCAUCCUCUUCCUUCCCAUCGGCUUCUUGUCAUGGUUUCCCUUUGUCUCAGAGUUCCAGACACGGUUGCUCUUCAACCAGGCCUUCAGCCGGGGCCUCCAGAUCUCAAGGAUCCUUGCCGGACAGAAGGACAUUGGGGAGUUCGAAUGAAUGACCAGUUCAUCUUUCAUUUCCCUCCCUAGCUAGUUUCUCUGAGAUGUGAUUGACCUUUAAGGAACAUAUGGAUAGUAGGCCAUGGUAUAUAUUGACCUCGCUCCCAUGUAUAUUUUGUCAUUAUGUGCUGCCAUGUUACAUACUAUUUUGUGCACCAGGUCAUCUGAAUGUGCUCGUGAAGCUAGCCUUGCAGCACCUGUUUACAGCUGAGCUGAUGCAUCACAUUUCACUCCAACUGUCCCUCAUUGCCUCUCGACCCACAUCCUCUCUUCUCACAUAUUUAUAUGGGGAAGCUACCGAGGUCGUCAGUGCAUUUGCGGGGUACAUGUAUUAAAUGCUAAAUUCAGUUUUUAAACAAUCUUUAGUAUUUCU